ACUUCCUUGUUUUGGGGGCUUCCAGAAGGUUCAAAGGAACAGAAGCCAAUUUCUUUUUCAGUCUCAGCCCGGCAGCAGAGCGGGCAGCAGCCGGAGCUCGCCACUCCAGGGGCCAGGCAGCCAGAGCCACCUCCAAACCAGCCAGCGCCAUGGAAGAGGACCGAAGCGACCUGAUCUCCACCCCGGAGCAGACCACCGCGCCUGCCCUGACCAUGCGCUCGGGAUCACGGCGGAUUGUCUGCAGCCGUGGAGCAGUUUACUCUGCACUCUCCAUCCUGGUGGCUCUGCUGCUCGCCGGCCAGGCCGUGACGGUCUACUUCGUGUAUCAGCAGGGCAACCACAUCAGCAAGCUCACCAAGACCACGCAAACGCUGCAGCUGGAGUCGAUGAGCAGGAAACUCCCCCAAGGCAAGUCCUCUAACAAGAUGAAGAUGGCGAUGAUCAGCAUGCCCAUGGCCAUGAGGGAGCUGCCGCUUGCAUCGAAGAUGGAUGCCGGGCCCACGGACAACUCAGGCCCGGCUAGCAACAAGACUGAAGAUCAGGUCAAGCACCUGCUGCUGAUGGGUGAUCCAAGCAAGAUGUUCCCUGAGCUCAGAAACUCCAUGAUGGAGAACCUGAAAAACCUGAAGAACUCGAUGACCUACUCUGACUGGCAGUCUUUUGAGUCCUGGAUGCACAAGUGGCUGCUCUUCGAGAUGGCCAAAAAUCCCCAGACCGAGGAACCCACUAAGAUGCCGGCAGUGAAAGUGCAAACUAAAUGCCAAGCGGAGGCCAGCCCUAGAGGUAUCUACCCAGGCCGAUUCCACCCACAGUGCGAUGAAAAUGGAGACUACCUCCCCAAGCAGUGCCAUUCCAGCACGGGCUACUGCUGGUGCGUCUACAAAAACGGCACCAAGGUGGAAGGCACUGAGACCCGCGAGAAGCUCAACUGUCAUGGUGAAGAGCCCGAGGACUUGCUGUUCUCUGGCGUGGAGCAGCUGAAGCUGGACAAAGAAAUCGCCAAGUAGAGGCAGAUGCCAGGCACCUUCGGCCUCUUGCACCAAGACGCAAAGCCACAGCUCACAUCCCUGCUCUAUUUCCCUCAUGCUUUUAUACCGCUUUCCUGAAUCACAUUAACAGCAGCAGCCUCCGAGCUCCUCUGUUCAGCAUUUAUUAAUAUUUAUCCCCUUAGCACGGCAGGACAUUGGGUUGGUUGUAAAUCCUUGUUUGCUGGGGACUCUUUCUCACCCCAUGCUAAGAUGCACUGCAGAAACCCAGCUUAAUAUUCGGAGAGUUUUUAGACAAAAAAGCACAAGUGUGCCCUUCUAUUCACCUCCAACCGAGGAGGAUGGGGCAUUUCAGUGCCUGGGCCCCUGGGCACCUUUUGGCUAGUCAGGCAGGUAAAGACACCCACACAGGUGCUUUGAGUAGACCCUCAGUCUAUUUGAUGCUAUCUGCAGCAUAGCCCGCAAGCUCAAUAAGCCUCAGAGCAGUUUUUAGGGAGAUAUUAAACAGAGAAGGUGGGACACACGCUCCAUUUUCCCUCCUUUAUGGAAUGACCCAUUGCAGACCGCAGUCACUGAAGCACAGAUGGCCCAGUGCCUCCCAGCACACAGACCACCUUUGUAUAGGGGGUGAAAGCCUCUCCAGUCAAGGCAAUUGUAAAUAAGGAUAGAGAUGGUUUCAUGCUAAGGCCUUUUAGUGCUUUCUUAUACUGAACAGAGCUUGAAUUCAGCAGCAACAGAGGUCCAAGCUUUUUAAUUGCAAUAGGUAAGCUGAAGAGACAUUAGAAACCUAGAGGAGUGCAAGCUUCCUUCCUUUUGUUUUUUAAACCCAUAGGCAGAUAAAGGUUAAGAGGAAAGAAAUUAGAAACUUGGCUUCAUUUGGAUGUAUCUGUAAUGGGGAGGGUAAGAGCUAAUCCUGGAGCUAGAUGCUGGGUGUGAAUGUGUGUGAUCCUGACCUUGAUUCCAAGGGAAAGUUGAUUUCAAAUAAACUUUUGAGGGAGACUG